AUGUAUUUCGGCAAGGAAGAUUCUCCCGCCGUCGGGACAUCGCAAGCGACUGCUAUCAGUUAUGGCGCGGAUACAAAAGGCAACUCCAUCCAUCAACGCUCGUUUGGCACCGCUGCAGAGCGAGCCCGGCGCCAUUUAAACGCAAAGCUAGCCAAUCCGCUUGCUGGUUAUACUCUAGAAGAGCUGCGCAGGCAAGGAAUUGACUUCGCCAUUAACCAUCACAUGGUAGACGAAGAAGAUAUACGUGCUUUUGCCAUGGGGGCCAUGCUCGCUCAAAAGCCGGAGAAAUACGCAGAGGUUCCUGGUCUAACGCCGCAGGAGCUAGAGGUCCUGAGGAAUGAAUUUGCUCAUCGUUGGUCGCAGCCAUGGACGAUGUACCUUGUCAUUUUUCUGUGCUCCCUCUCUGCUGCCGUACAAGGAAUGGAUGAAACCGUGGUUAACGGCGCCCAAAUCUUCUACAAACAUCAAUUUGGCAUCGACGGCUCGGACUCCCGUUCCAACUGGUUGCUCGGACUGGUUAACUCAGCACCAUACCUGUGUUGUGCCGUCAUCGGCUGCUGGCUGACGGUGCCUUUCAACGCAUGGUUUGGCCGUCGGGGAACCAUCUUCAUCACAUGCUGUUUCUCUGCACUUACUUGUCUUUGGCAAGGAUUCGUCAACACAUGGUGGCAUAUGUUUAUCUCUCGCUUUGCGCUGGGCUUCGGGAUAGGUCCAAAGUCGGCAACUGUUCCCAUCUACGCCGCCGAAACGGCUCCUCCUGUCAUCCGUGUGCCUGAUUCUUCGGGGAUUGUCGGCCUCAACUGGCGUAUGAUGAUGGCUUCAGCCAUGUUCCCUGCUCUCCUAGUCUGCUGUUUUGUCUUCACUUGCCCAGAAUCUCCACGUUGGUACAUAUCGAGGGACCGCUAUGAUAAAGCGUAUGAGUCAAUGUGCAGUUUGCGCUUCAACAAGGUCCAGGCAGCGCGCGACUUGUACUAUAUGCAUACAUUGCUGCAGGCCGAGACUAGUAUGAAGCUUGGUCAGAACAAGAUCAUUGAGCUUAUCAGGGUACCCCGUAACCGACGUGCAAUGAUUGCAUCGGAACUAGUGAUGUUUAUGCAACAAAUCUUCCUGCAAUCCUCGGGGCCGGAAAAUAUGUUGACGGUCGAGAAUCAACUGAGGGCAUUGGCAGCGUCUUUUGGGUGGGGGAUGAUCAACUGGCUCUUUGCCAUUCCCGCCGUUUAUACAAUUGACACAUUCGGCCGCCGCAACCUUCUCCUCACCACAUUUCCUCUAAUGGCAUUGUCGAUGUUCUUCACCGGCUUCAGCUUCUGGAUACCCGAAGACACAAAGAAUGCCCGAAUGGGGUGUAUUGCUCUAGGUACAUACCUCUUCGGAAUUGUUUAUUCUUUCGGGGAGGGACCGGUGCCAUUCACCUAUUCGGCCGAAGCCUAUCCGCUCUACGUGCGUUCCUACGGUAUGGCCUUAGCUACCUCGACAACCUGGCUAUUCAACUUCACCCUAGCCAUCACUUGGCCUUCCCUCCGCCACGCGUUCACGCCUCAAGGAGCUUUCAGCUGGUACGCCGGUUGGUGUAUUGUCGGCUGGUUCCUGAUUCUCAUGUUGAUGCCCGAGACCAAAGGAAAGACGCUCGAGGAAUUGGAUCAGGUGUUUUCGGUGCCCACGCGCUUCCAUGUCAGGUACGGGCUGCGUCAGAUUCCUUACUUCAUAAGAAGCAACGGGACAACGACCCAGGCCGCGGUGGUUUGCGCGGUUUGCGCGGUUUGCUCUGCCCCUCAAAAGAACUUUUACCAGAAUGGAGUCCGAACCACGGGCCGCGCCUUUCACUCCCCCAACUGGCGUAUGAAGGGUGAAGAGAGCCCGAGUGCGCAGAGCGCCGGGUCCCCGGGCCCCAAGACCAGCACCUCGAGACUCGCCUUCAGCAGACCCAGCGCGCACGUGCCGCAGGCCAUCUCUGAGGGACGCCGUCUCUAUGUGGGUAACAUGCCCUACACGGCCAAGUCGGAGGAUGUGCAAGCACUCUUUACCGCUGCCGAGUUCACAAUCGAGCGUAUCGAUAUCGCCAUUGACCCCUUCACGGGCCGCAACCCCUCAUACUGCUUUGUGGAUCUGGAGACAAAGGAGCUGGCCGAGCGCGCCAUGGUCGAGUUGGAUGGCCGGGACAUGCUGGGCCGUCCGGUCAAGAUCAAGCCUGGUGUCGUGAAGUCUCCCAGUGAGCGGUCGCAGCAGCAGCAGCAGCAGCAACAGCAGCAACAGCGCGUAGAUGGCUCUCCUCGCGAUGUGCGCAGCUCGCCUUUCAGUGCUGACCGGUGGCGCCGUGGCGAUGAGGCCCCCUCUUCCCCUGCCAGACCUGCAAACAACGAUGCCAGCCGCCGUCUCUACGUUGGUGGCCUCCCCAAGUUGACCGAUCAGGACGCGCUCAACAUCAACAUCCGCAACUUCUUCAAGGGAUACAAUGUUGAGAAUGUCAGCAAGCAAUUCGCGCCUCACCCCGCCAAGCGGUUUGAGCCUGGUGACCACUACUACCUCUUCGUCGACUUUGACAGCGUCGAAGAGGCCGAGAACGCCAUGGGUGCUUUGCACCGCCAGGAGGGUCCCUGGGGCUCCAUGCUGCGCGUCCAGAGAGCUCGCGGAGAAACCAACUCCCAAGAAAGACGCCCCAAGGAGGGGGUGGUGUUUCCUACCCCGAUACUCUCCCACAAGAGAUUCAUGACCUCCAUUCUCUGCCUCGUCCUACGUCCGGUCCUCAACCCAUGGCUCGGGAGGCUUAUCGAAAAAUGA